CCACCGGCAGCAGAUAUGAAUGCUAUCAGGGAGGUGUAUAUGGUAGCAAGAGCUCAAACCUUGAUCGCUCUUUGUGGAACUGUCCCUGGAUAUUGGUUCACUGUUGCUUUCAUAGAUGUAAUUGGACGUUGGUGGAUUCAGAUGAUGGGAUUCUUUUUCAUGACUGUUUUCAUGUUUGCUAUUGCCUUUCCCUACAAAUAUUGGCAGCAAAAGGAGAACCGUAUUGGUUUCAUUAUAAUGUACGGGCUCACCUUCUUCUUUGCCAACUUUGGUCCUAAUGCCACCACCUUCGUGGUUCCCGCAGAAGUCUUCCCAGCUAGGUUGAGAUCUACUUGCCAUGGUAUAUCCGCAGCAACUGGAAAAGCCGGAGCCAUUAUAGGAGCCUUCGGAUUUGUGUAUGCCUCACAAGAGAAGGACCCAGCUAAGAGAGACCAUGGUUAUCCCGCUGGUAUUGGAAAAAGCAAGUCCCUCAUUGUGCUCGGUGUUAUUAACUUCCUAGGUAUGGUGUGCACUUUAAUGGUUCCUGAGUCUAAGGGUAAGUCUCUUGAAGAAUUAGCUGGUGAAGUUGAGCUUGAUGAAGUUGACGACGAACGCAGGAGUUCUGCUUGAUUAGUGCUUGGUUUUUUGGCGUACAUACUAAUCAUGUGAUUCAUUUUGUUUUGAUAUUUAUUUGUAUUUUCUUUGUUCGCUUCAUAUUUUCAUUGUUCGUACCCUAAGCCAAUGUUGA